AUGCUCGCCGUGAUAUCUUGGGACCCACUGUCGGCUCGUUGCUGCCCGCCUUGUAGCAAUCUGCUUGUUCUUUCGAGCUUCGCUAGUGACACCAAGUGCUCCGUCAUGGCCGUCAUCCGCAACAUCUCAGCCACCCUCUUCGGUGCAGUGGUGGCGAACAUGCUGCCGUUGCUCUUCUUGCAGGCGGGCAUGAGCAGCGUUUCCGCCAAGUGGGCCUGGAUGACAAGCCCACCUAAGUGUGCCUCCGUGGCGCCCGACACUUGGGACUUUGACGGCCAGGCCACAAUCGCCGCCGGCACUGCAGGCACCGUUACUUGCAAGAAUGGCGGUACUCCUUCGGUCUCCCCAGUCAACUGUCCCAUGAGCAACGAAAACGCCACUCAACCAUCCGAAGAUGCGGCUUGGUGGGGCAUUUGUGGCUUCGGGGACUCCUGCGCCGCGGAGAUGACCAUCGGCACCAGCGUGACGGGCUGCACGGCACCCACCACCUCACAGAACGCUGCAGACGUGGGCGGCAGCGUGCACUCCGCCGUCCUCUCCGCCGCCUCCGCUGCAGUGGGCAUGGCGGUGCUCCAGUAA